AUGGACAUCCCCCACUCCCAGAGGCUCCCCGCACACCCGACACCCACAACCAACAACCGACCACAAAACACCGGCAAAACUGCCAGAAAAAAACGAACGUUUAGCCUAGCGGAAUUAGAGUCUCUGCCUAUGGGUAGAAGCCCAUGGUGCAAAUCCUUUGAGUUCGUGAGCUAUGAUCCAGAGAAGACGGAGCACUUGCUAGCGCUUGAUGGAGCCAACGAGAGGCUUCACUUAAUUAAAGCAGAUUUAUUGCAAGAUGGGUCCUUUGAUGCUCUAGUUAAUGGCUGUGAUGGUGUUUUUCACACUGCCUCUCCAUAUUUGCUGUCAACUACAGAUCCACAGGCAGAACUAAUUGAUCCUGCCCUAAAGGGGACACUAAACGUUCUCCAAUCGUGCGCAAAAACACCGUCUGUUAAAAAGGUCGUUUUGACAUCUUCCUUAGCAGCAGUUCUUUUCAAUGGCGAGCCUCGGACACCUCAAGUGGUAGUUGACGAGACCUGGUGGUCAGAUAUCGAGUUUUGCAGAAAAAUAAAGAAAUGGUAUUUCCUUUCAAAGACAUUGGCCGAGGAUGCUGCUUGGAAGUUCGUACAAGAGAAAGGCAUCGAAAUGAUCUCUAUAAACCCAGCAAUGGUAAUCGGUCCAUCAUUGCAGCCGAAUCUUAACUUGAGCUCGGCUGUAAUUUUGAACUUGAUAAACGGUGCUGAAACAUAUCCAAAUGCUGCAAUCGGUUGGGUGAAUGUUAAAGAUGUUGCUACUGCACAUAUUCAGGCAUUUGAAAAUCCUUCGGCUAGUGGAAGAUACUGUGUGGUCGAGAGCGUUGCACACUAUUCAGAAAUCGUGAAGAUAUUGCAUGAAUUGUAUCCAAACCUUCAACUUCCAGAAAUGCAUACGAAUAACAAGCCGUACAUGCCUACUUACCAAGUCUCGAAGAGAGAGUGA